AUGGGAUCACCUCAAGCUAGGGAGUGGGAGCAAGCAAUGAAGGAAGAGAUCAGCUCUCUGAAGGAAAAUGAUACUUACGAAUUAUCAACUUUACCAGAAGGUAAAGCUUCAGUAGGGGGAAAAUGGGUGUACACAACCAAACAAGAUCAGAAUGGCAUAGAGUCCUUUAAGGCCAGAUAUGUAGCGAAGGGUUACAGCCAGGUAAAGGGUAUAGAUUAUCAAGAAACUUUCGCCCCGACAGCCAGUAUUACUUCAAUUAGGGUCUUAAUGCAGUUAGCAGUAAAACAUGAUCUUAUUGUCCACCAGAUGGACGUUAAAACUGCAUAUCUGCAUGCCCCCAUUACUCAAGAGUUAUACAUAGACCAGCCACAAGGGUUUGAAGAGGUUUCAGAGAGUGGUGAGAGGUUAGUAUAUAGGCUAAAGAAAUCGCUAUAUGGUCUAAAACAAUCUGGUAGAAAUUGGAACAUAUUGUUACACGAGCAUUUAGCAAAUGACGGUUUUGUCAGAAACCAUGCUGAUCACUGUGUAUAUAAGAAACAAGUUGAUGAUAAAAUUGUUAUCGUCAUUGUUUGGGUUGAUGACCUAAUCAUAGCUUCAGAUAGUAUGCAGUUAAUGGAAGAAUUUAAAGAAAGUAUGAAGACACAAUUUAAGAUGAAAGAUCUAGGUAGAAUCACUUUCUUCCUUGGAAUGGAUUUUAAGCAAAGCAAGGGUGAAAUAAAAAUUAAUCAGAAAAGAUUCAUUCUUAAAAUACUAGAGAGAUUUGGAAUGAUAGACUGCAAGCCCAGGUUAACCCCAUGUGAGCAACGAUUAGAAUUUAACUGUGGUGAAUUGACCAACGCCAGACAGUAUAGAGAAAUGAUAGGAAGCCUAAUUUAUGCCAUGACCUGUACAAGGCCUGAUUUAAGUUGGAUUGUAAGCAGACUGUCUCAAACUCUGUCAAACCCCAGAACGGGAGAUUUAAUUGCUGCCAAACAUGUCCUAAGGUAUCUAAAGGGUACCGUGGAUUAUGAACUCAGCUUUAAGAAAUCUGAUGCUGACUUGCAGCUCACUGCUUAUAGUGAUUCAGAUUGGGUCUCUUGCCUGGAAGACAGGCGAAGUACUACAGGUUACUGUUGUACUCUAACUGAAGGAGGACCACUGAUUUCAUGGAAGUCGAGAAAGCAACCAACGGUUGCCAUUUCCACUUGCGAAGCAGAAUAUGUAGCUUUAGCAAAUACAGCUCAAGAGUGUUUGUAUCUAACUCAAUUGUUAAACGGUAUGUAUAAGAAAGUACAUCAGAGUAUGAAGGUAAGUGUUGAUAACCAAGGGGCAAUUGCACUAAGUAAGAACCCAGUUAACAGACAACGUUCUAAGCAUAUUGACAUAAAGUACCACUUUGUACGUGAAAUGUAUGUUAAAGGCAUGAUCGAUAUUGUAUAUUGUCCUACCCAAGAUAUGGUAGUUGAUAUCCUAACAAAGCCACCCACAAAAUGUAAACUAGAUCUAGAUAAUUUUAAAAGUAUCGUGUUCGGUUGUGGUAUUUAG